AUGACGUCCAGGUACCUCAUUCGCAAUGCGACCGUUGUGUCAAUGGAUCCCAAGAUCGGCGUGCAGAGUAGCUGCGACGUGCUGAUAGAGGGAUCCAUCAUCAAAGAUGUAGGGCCAAAUCUAGAGGUUGCUAGUGACGCGACCAUCAUCGACGGCACCGACUCCAUCAUCUGUCCUGGCUUCAUAGACACGCACCGUCAUAUGUGGCAAACCCAGUUAGCCGGCAUCAUGUCGAACUCUGUGUUGCUCGAAUACUUCGGCUACAUCCGCACGGUCUACGGCAGCUGCUACACAGCCCACGACGCCUACUUGGGCAACUACUGCGGUGCUCUGCAGUGCAUUGACAACGGCACGACGUUCGUCGUUGAUCACUCCCACAUCAUGAACUCGCCCGAGCACGCCGAUAGUGCCGUCAAAGGCCUUCUCGACGCCAACAUCCGGGGCGUCUUCUGUUACGGCUUCUACCCCAAUCCCAAGCCGACCUGGGCCGAGCUCGACACGGGAAUGAAGCCUCAAUCGGAGCCUGAGUGGCGUCUCGAGGAUUCCAAGCGCGUCAAAGAUCAGUUCUUCCCAGCUAAUGAUCCGACGACCUUGCUUCGCUUUGGCGUGGCCGGCACGGAGUAUGAAGUUGUGACCGUCGAGCAGGGCAUCGAGGAAAUCUCGCAUGCGCGCUCUCUUGGCAGCGCGAUGUUCACAUCCCAUGUGGCACUAGGCAGGAUCGAUUUUGGGCUGCGGACCGUUCGGAAUCUCAAUGAGCAGGGCGUGCUCGACAAAGACUUGCUUUUCAGCCACGGGGCAGCCCUCCAAGCCGAUGAACUCGAGGCGAUCAAGAAGUGUGGUUGUGGCCUCUCAGCAACACCUGAUACCGAGCUUCAGAUGGCUAUGGGGCCACCCGGCCCCUUUGCCUUCCGAGAAGCAGGCAUCCGACGUGUCGGCCUUGGAACCGAUGUGUCAUGCUCGAACCCGCCCGACAUGUUUGCACAGAUGCAUUUGCUACUCCAAUCGGAGCGCCAUGCCAGAAGUAUGGCUCACAAGGGCGGGGCCCCCUGGGAGAUACCGGUGCGUUGCGAGGAGGCCUUGGAUUUUGCGACAAUGGGCGGGGCGCGGGCCGUAGGUAUGGAAGACUACAUCGGCAGCAUCACGCCCGGCAAGCGGGCAGAUCUGCUCAUUGUCAAGACGGACAGUCCGCGCAUGACGCCCAUCAGUGAUCCAAUUGCCGCACUGGUCCUGUACGCGAAUGCUAGCGCCGUAGAUACGGUGUUUGUCGAUGGCAAGAUCGUGAAGCAGGAUGGGAAGCUAGCGGGUGUCGACUGGCCGAAGGUGCGGAGGGAAUUGCUUGACAGCACCAAGGACGUCUUGGAAAGAGGCAGCGGUGCAGACUUCAAGCAGAUCAUGGAGGGAGCAAGGGCAUUGGCGGAAGCGCAACUUACAAGAGCUGGAUAA